AGUGUUUGUUUCCCUUCAGCGACAUGUGUGUUUUACGGCAAGUCGGCCUGCUGGCCAUGGUGUUGACAGCACUUUCGCUCCCAUUCUCCAGCGCCCAACAGCAGCAGGAGGACCGGGAUGAUAGUGCGACCAACAUGAUAGUGGGCGGUAUGAAGGUGGACAUUGAACAAGUGCCUUACCAGGCGGCUAUCCUCACCUUGGGACAGGUGCAUUGUGGUGGAAGCAUCAUCGGACCGCGCUGGGUUCUGACGGCGUACCACUGCGUCGACUGGCUCCUUCCGAACUUCUACGAAGUUGCAGUCGGUAGCACCAAUCCAUACGAGGGCCAAAGGAUCUUGGUGCGGGAGUUGUUUGUGCCUCCGGAAACAUUGAGCGAUCCGAACUUCGAUAUAGCACUCGCGAAGCUGGCCCAUACAUUGCAGUACAGCAGCACAGUGCAGUGCAUUCCGCUACUAACAUCGGAUAGCAGUCUUAUUCCCGAUACUCCGGCGUAUAUCUCUGGCUUUGGUUAUACAAAGGAAAGGAGCGGUGACAACGUACUGAAGGCCGCUCAGAUCAAGGUGCUUCCGUGGGACUACUGUCAGCAGGCUUACCCUUAUUUGAUGCGGGAGUUUAUGCUGUGUGCCGGGUUUAAGGAAGGUAAGGUGGACUCGUGCCAGGGUGACUCGGGCGGCCCGCUCGUCGUGGACGCUAAGCUGGCCGGUGUUGUUUUCUAUGGGGAAGGUUGUGCGAGACCGCACUUUCCCGGUGUGUACAUAUCGGUACCGUGGUUCUCCGAUUGGAUCAUUAAUGUGGUGGCUCAACAGUCGACUCCGGAGGAAGGAGAGCUUUGUGCAGUGUAAAUCAUUUGACUUAAACUCCUGCAAGCACUGUGAAGCAUCGGUUCUUUUUGUAAUAAACAAUCUUGCUCAGCUGUA